UUACAGUCUAUCAUAAUUCAAUAUUUCAAUCCAUAUAAAUAUUCACCUUUGUGAUGUGUCCCUGAGAAUGACAAACUUGCUCUUAAGAAUAUCUCUAAAGAAAUUGGACCAUCUAAUUUCACAAGAAGAUAGUUAAAGCAAAGGAAUUAUUAUUUUUAAAGAUAGAUCAUGGCUGUCCCUGGUAAAAAAGCACCACAGAACUUAUCUUCAACCCUGUCUCAAGGUUCUAGAGAAGAUUUUGAAGUUUUCUGUCAGCCAUGUGACAGAGAUGACCUCAGGCUACCUGCCGCUGGGUACUGUGUAGACUGUGAAGAGCACCUGUGUGACUCGUGCUUUAACACCCACAGGAGACCAAAACCACUUCGACAUCACAAACUUCUAGACAAAGACAGCAUGCCACACACUCAAAGUCUUUCUACAAUGUCUAGUUUUACUCAUGUUGGACAGCCAGAUGAACUUACAACUCCUUGCUAUAAACACACCAAAGAAAUGAUCAAGUUCUACUGCCAUGACCAUAAAGCACUUCUAUGCAGUGUAUGUGUGACCCUUGACCAUACACGUACAUCCUGCCAGGUCGACUACAUACCAGAUAUAUCUGGACAUAUCAUCAACAGUACUGAGCUCAAAGGUACUCUCAAAGAGCUUGACAAAAUAACUGAGAAAUGUCAGAAGAUUACAGCAUGUCUAAGGCAAAUGGUUGCAAAAUCAAACACUUCUUUGACAGAUGUUCUCGCAGAAAUAACAAAGUUUCGAGAAGAGAUCAACCAAAGAUUAGAUGAACUUGAAAAGGAAGCUUCAGAUGCAGCGAAUGCCCUAAAACAAGAGAAUGACACAAGGUUGAAAACUACAGAAGAAAUUUGUAAUGGUCUGAUAAAUUCUCUUAAAGCAUCCUCUGAUAUUAUAAAACACCUCAACAUAACAAAGAAAGCAGACCGACUUUUCACUGAGCUUAAAAAUGCUGACCAAUUAAUCCAAGAUAGUGAAAAGAGAAUGUUGCAUGUAAAAUGCACUGGAGUUACAAAAGAAUACACAUUUGAUCCGAGUCAAGUCAUUCAAUCACUUCUUCAAAACAAGAAGUCACUAGGUACAUUAACAGCUAAAAUUCUAGAACAGCCAAGUCCUACUUCAACCCCAGCUUUAAAAUCAAGGAUAAUAUCACCUCAAAAAAACAUCUGUGUCAAGAUGUCAACAGAUAAAGAUGACUGUUGGAUAGUGGGAAUUGCAGCUUCUUUUCCAAACCAAAUAUUUUUAGUAGAUUUUACCAAUUUCUCAAUUAAAAUGACAGACACCAAUAGUGAAUCUAUUCAACAACAGCUGAGCUUUGAUGCACAUCCAUGGGAUGUCACCACAAUCACCAGAGAUGAACUUGCUGUCACAUUAUCAUGGAAGCAAACAAUACAGUUGAUAUCCUACUCCUCAAACAGACUCUCUAAGAAAAACGAACUUAAAGUAGAUGGAAAGUGUUAUGGUAUCAGUUAUUGUCAAGGAAAACUUGCAGUAACAUUUAGGUAUCCUGCAAAACUGCAAAUCAUGAACUUGAAAGGCACUGUACUAGCAACAGUCAUAACAAACUCAAAUGGGGGAAAACAUUUUUCAGAAACCCAAAAUAUGUGACCACCAUCAGCAAUGCUAUCUAUGUAUCUGACUGUGGAAUGCAGGCAGUUAUCUGGUUAAAUUGGCAAGGAGAACUAAUAGGUAGCUAUGAAGGAAUGGGAGCUCCACAUGGUAUUGCCAUGUUAGAUGAUGGAUCAUUCUAUGUGAAUGAUAUGCGAAAAGACAAAUGUGACAUACUCAAUGUCACUGGUGACUGUAAAGAGAGUACAACUGAACUGAAGGAUUUAGAUUAUCCUUGGUCAAUAUGCCUGUGUGAAUCAAGCAGUACACUUUAUGUCAGUAACUGCAGUAAAACCCAACAGGACAGAAACUUCAUUCAAAUCUACAAGCUAUCAUAACACAGAGAACAGAAAUGAUUUUGUUGACCAUAACAAACCAUUUAACAACAUCAAAAUUAUGUAAAACAUCAGCAAAAGUGAAGCUACUUAGAUUAAAAGUCUGACCUAUAAUGCAAACCAGAUAUUUAGAUUUCCUUCAAAAUGCCGUCUUGCAAGUGCAGGUUGGAAAUAUAACAACCUGCCAAGCAAUUUAAACUAACAACAUUCUAAUCAGUUUUUAUACAUGAUUUCAAAAAUAUUCAAAACAUUUUAAACAUAUUUUAUCAAAUAAUAAUUAUUCAAAAAGUUACCAAAAAAAAACAAGUGAAUGAAGUAUUGCCAUGCAAUACACAGUCCCCUACUGGAAGGCACCUAACUUUCUCUACUGCAGUAUAGCAUAAUGAACUGAUAUCUGUCAAUGAUGUAUAAACAGUAUUGUACUAUAUAUACAGUAUGCUAUAAACAAAAGACUUGGAUUAAAAUUUGUAUAUAUAAAA